AUGGCCACCCUUUUGGAACUUCCUGAGGAUGUGAUCCACUCGGUAGCGGAGCUUCUUCCCGUCAACGAUUUUUUCUCAUUGCGGCUGUCCUGUCGGAGGUUGAACGCAAUGUCCCUUCACGCCUUCAUACGAGUCUAUUUUCAGACUCGUUAUGUGAUGAUUGAAGAACACAGCCUGCAGACUCUUAUUUCUAUUUCGCAACAUGAAACCUUCGGACCUGCCGUACGCGCGCUAGGAUUUUGCACUGAGCAUCUUUUGGAGAUGGAUGACGAGCAAAGUAGAGAUUUUUUUGCUUUUCUAGAGGCAGGAUGGGGGCGUGGAUAUCCUUGUGAAGAUGAGUUUGAAGAGGAGUUUGGAGACGAAAGCGAUGAGGACCUUGAGAUGGAGGAAGAUGACAAAGAGGACUUUUACGACCGCGUGUAUCGUGAACGGCUCGACGACCAGAAAACACUCCUCCUUGGGCACGACAUACUUUACCUUGCGCAAGCAAUGACGGGCCUGCCCAACUGCAAGACGCUCAUUCUCACCGAUGCCCGGAUCCCUUGGGGCGCGAGUCGGCUGAAAAGAGAGGUGGGUAGUGAGCUGUCAAGGGGCUUUCAUCCUGAUAAUUUUGAAGAUGAACAGUUUGUGCAGCGUAUAUUGCAACCAAAAAGCGUCAACCCCAUCAGCCUCCAACUGCUUGACUGGCCAGUUUAUGUGUCACCAAUUGCUUGGACGCUCACCAGCCUGACUUCCCUACGACUGCUUAUUUCUCCAUUCUAUAAGAACAACCGUGCUUAUGGCUGGGAGAAGAGAGCCAUGGGAUUUUUUGACCUCUUCCCUCAGCUGUCGCACUUCACGUUGGCAUUUGAUGAUGAAUUCGACAAUCACACAGUAUUUCCAAUCUUUUCGGAACUGUUGAAAAUACCACAAUUGCGGGUAAUGGAACUCGCCCGAUUCGAAGCCACCGCCGCCGAAUUGACCAAAAUGCUUUUACGGCACCAGUCGACGCUUGAGGAGAUAACAUUGCGGGAAGUGAAGAUGAACGAGGCUGGGAGCUGGACUUCUGUAUUGAGCACCGUCAGGGAUAUGCCUCAAUUCCACAGCUUUACUAUGAAGCAAUGUUUGAUCGGAGAUUGGUUCUUUACGGACGUGUCGGAUGAGAUAGAUGAGGUAAUCUCUAUCAAAGACAGGGAAAGGAUUGAAGAGCUUGCGGCCCAGAUAGAAAUUGUAAGUGCUGAGAUGGCUGCUAAGUGAAGGCUGGAUCUUGAAAUUUGAAUCGUUAGAUCACGAUAGCAGAUACUUAGCUUUGCCGCUAAUCCCCCCGCUAUUUGAGAGUAGACUUCCAUCUGCGGCUAUCUAGUGGAGGGUAGUGGCUCGGGAAGAUCUGGAUUUUCCUCGAGAUUAGACGAUCACAUGAUGCAUAUGUAAUAUGUCAAUUAUUUCAACUUUAG